GAAUAAAAAUAAAAAAUAAAAAAUAGUAGUAUUUUCAAACCACUAUACUCUCUAGCUCAGGUGGAUCUCUCUCUCUCUCUCUCUCUCUCUCAUUGUCUCACUCCCUCCCCUCUCCGCUUUGCAAAGCUUCAAUCUUUCUGCGAACAAGGGAUUUUGGUUUUUUUUUGUUAGUAUCAAUCUAUCCUUCAUCCCUGUUGAUCAAGAAUGCAAUUCUUUGGGGGCUCUGAGAUAAGUCCCUCGCCACCUGCGCCGACAGCUUCAGGAAACAAUGGCCAUAUGAUUUAUGUAUUCAAUAGGAAUGGUGUAUGCUUGCUCUAUAGGGAGUGGAAUCGCCCCCUCAGGACGUUGAAUGCCCAGCAAGACCAUAAGUUGAUGUUUGGUCUGCUUUUCUCGCUUAAGUCAUUAACUGCCAAGAUGGACCCCACUAGUGCGGAGAAAGGAAAUCUCGGUGUGCCUCAGUUACCUGGCCAAGGUUGUUCAUUUCAUAGUUUUCGCACUAAUACAUACAAACUUAGUUUCAUGGAAAGUCCGUCGGGAAUAAAGAUUAUCUUGGUGACUCAUCCUAGAACUGGUGAUCUACGGGAAUCCUUGAAGUAUAUCUACAAUUUGUAUGUUGAAUAUGUUGUGAAGAAUCCACUCUAUACACCCGGAUCUCCUAUCAGGUGUGAGCUGUUCAAUACAACGUUGGACCAGUAUGUGAGGGGUAUUGCAUAGAAGCUGAGUUGCUACCAAUUCACUACUGUUGAUGAUGAACGAUUGUGUUGUAUAAUGCAUUGUUCUUAACUUUUUAUGGUUUGUCACUGCCUUACAUAUGUAUGGCUAACUACUCAUUUUGGUUUAUGUGGAUGAUUACAGAGUUUUUUCUUGCAUAAUUUAUGAGUAACUAUUUUUUUUGUGGUGGAAAUUCCAUUGGAAAAUCUUACCAAUUACAAUUUUUAUGAUUAUUUAUGGGUCUUACCAAUUUCUA